UACUUACUACUUUAUUAAUUAAGUAUUAAAAUGUAUUAAAUUAAAAUCGAUUAAGUAUUAAAACACAUUUUACUUUAGUAAAUUAAAUGAAUUUAAUUUGCUAAUAUCGUGCUAAACUUAUAAAUGCCAUGUAAUUUAAUGUUGCACAAGUAGAACGUUCUUUGUUGUGCAUGAAGUAUCAGGAAAAAUUCACGAAGUGAGCGCUUUUCAGAGUGUUUUGCUUCCAGACAAUAUCUACUAUUUUUUCUAUAAAAUAAUUUGUAUAUCAAGGAUUUAUAAUAUAUAAUCAGCAAGAAUACUCUCGUGUGAAAAAUAAUAAGAGUUGACUAGAAAGCUAAUAAAAAGCAAAAAUGGAGAAGAAAGUCCAUGGGCAAGUGAAAGACAACUCAAUAGAGCGCAUUUUACGUCCAAUAACGUACACCUCCUGGCUCCUAGGUGUCGGUGCAGCACAUCCGCGAAAGUGUCCCAAAGCUAUAACGAUAAUCAUACGAUAAUUUACAUGGCUAUGUGUUCCUAUCUCUUGAUAAACGACAUAAAAUCUUUUUUUCCCUUAGAAUCUUCUUUAAGCUAUUAUCAGGUCAUCAUAAACCCAAAUUUUCUAAUCAUAAUAAUGUUUUACAUAUCAAUCUAUUAUUGUAUUUAUCACGGAAUCAGGAAAUACAACAAGUGGUCAGAAAUGAUGGAUAGAUUGAAAGAACUCGAUCAGAACAUCAGAAAAGAAAUAUCCAUGAAUGACCAAUCUAUUAAAAUUGUUGAAACGCUAGCAAUUUUCAUGACGUUUACUUGCCCUUUUUUGGGAAUAAUUAUUAACUUUCUUUAUAAUAGAUUAUUAUAUCGAAUUAUUGAGAAGCUCAUAACAGAAAUAAUAAUUAAUUACAUCAUAUUAGCUCAGUUUUUGAUCAAGAACUUUGUCUUUGACGUUGUCGUCUAUGUGUUAUAUUGCCGAUUUCAAACAGUAAAUAAAUUGAUUGGCCAAUUGGAUAAGUUAUCCGAUAUGCAAUGUAUCGCGUUUAAGAUUAGAAGCGUCAGAGAAUUUCAUGCCGGUAUUUGUGAUGUUGCUAACAUGGUAAACGAUAUUUAUGGUCUUUAUCUGCUCUUCUGCUCAGCAGAUUGCUUCUUCAUAGCUAUGACUGGACUAAUAAAUUUUUACUUGGCCAGAAACGAUAACGACUUAUUACUGCUGAUAUAUGCAGUCAUCCCAAUUGUAUUAUCCAUGCAAUUCUGUCUGAUUUGUUGGAUUUGCACACUCGCGUGUGAAGAAUCCAAUAGGACCGGGAGAAUCAUACACAAAAUUAUAUUGAAUUGCAAACCUGUAAAUCUUCAUAAGCACGAUGUGAGCAAUCAAUCGAGUCUAGAAGUGCGAUUUUCACAGGAAGAUUCAAACGGCGAGCAAUAUUCUCAUUGUGGCAGCAGUCACAAUACGUAUGUCGUGGAAAAUUUUUUGCGCAGAAGUCUGGACCAAGAAUGUGUCACAAAAGAGGUCAAUGAGUUUUCGAUUCAACUGCAGCAGAUGCGAGUAGCAUUUACGGCGUGCAAUUUCUUCGAAAUAAACAAUUCUUCGUACGGUUGCUUUGUUGGGGUGAUUGUCACAUAUAUAAUUACCAUAUUAAAAUUAUAUCCAAUACCAAUUUCUGAAGAAUACUACAAAGAUAUUUGAAGCGUUUAAAAAUGUGUUGAAAUCCACUAUGUGGACUGCAUUAUUGUAAAUGCGAGAUGGAGAUAUAUGACGCGCAACUAACAAAUUGCGGCUGAAUUAAGUUCGCAUAGCGGCUCGUUCCCGAUACAAUAUAACUCACUGAUUUACAUUGAUUUAAUUAGCAAUCAAAACUUCAAGAAAACAUCAAUAAUACUAGAAAAUAUUGUACAUAUAGCUGUACGCGUCUCGUGCUUUCAAUCUCAUAGCUGGUACACAGCGCAGUCGAUUAUCCCACUCGCUAGCUUGAUGUAAAUCCUCACAGAAAUAAUUUUUAAUAACUCGAGUAAAAAUAUUCUUGACGCACUUAACGUAGUUGCAACUUUAUGCAGUAUUGAAAUUUUAACCAGGGUUGGGAACGUUACCUUAAAAAAGUAAUGCGCUACCGUUAUCGUUACUGUUUGUAAAAAGUAACUCGUUACCGUUACCGUUACUAACUUAAAAAGGUAACGCGUUGCCGUUACUGUUGCUUGGAAAGUAACGAUUCGUUACUUUUUCGUUACUUUUUGGUGAUGUUAAAAUAGGGAUUUUUUAACGUCAAAAAAAUCUUUCAAUAUGUGAUAAAAAAAAACAUUUCAUAUUUUUUUGUUUUACAAAAUCCGCACAGAAGGACAUAAAUACCUUCCUAUGUCUUUUCAUGUUUUUAUCUCAUUUUUUCUUAUGUUGUCUUCAAUACACGUGCAACUUCAGAUGUUAAAACAUUUAUGGCCGAUAUUCAUAGUAGAUUCUUAUUUUGAGAUCAUCUUAAGUAAUGUCUUAAGAUGCUGAUACGUCUCUCUGAUUGGUUAAUGGCAUCAUAAAAUGAUACUUAAGACGAUCUUAAAUAUAAGAGUGGACUAUGAAUAUCAUAUGUACCAUAUGUCUCCGUGUGUACAUUCAAGGAUAUGAUUCUAUCACUGAAUAUAAAUCCGAUCGCAAUUGCAAUUCAUAAUCAUAUACCAUAUCAAAUGAUUAUGAGUAAUAAUUAAACAUAAUUGAUCAAUAUAAAAAGUCUACGUUAAUUAAUGGGGCGAGUGCUGCCAACCAUUUCUCCCACGCUGCGCGCGGGCUGCAAAUAGUGCCCGUACUAAUACCGCUGGCGCGUUGUAUGAACGAACGUACUUGUUUAAUUUGGUAACUAUUAAUUAUAGGCCGAAUUCUGUAAAGCGCAUGUUGGUUACCGAACGUAAAACGAACAUAAAAUGACGCAUCAUACGUUUUACGAAACAUAGAUACUGCCAACUAAAGUAACGAAAAAUAACGGCUGAAUUCCGUUACCGUUAUUGUAAAAAUGUAAUGACGUUACGUUACCGUUACAGACAUAAAAAAGUAACGCUCGUUACCAUAAAAAAGUGACGAAAACGGUAACGGCGUAACGCGUUACUUCCCAACCCUGAUUUUAACUAUGGCUGCCUUAGUAAGGAUGUUCCAGGGCUAUGUUCAUAUUACACACUUAUAUCUGAGAUUGUAGUAUGAACAUAGACGUGAAAUACUGAGACGGCCACAGUUAAAAUUCCAAUAAAAAUAACGCAUUGUCUACAAGUCUUUUUCUCCUGUAUCCAAUUAAAUUAAAUUGAUUUAACGUCUUGAAACUAGAGUAAUUAAUAUAAAUUUUAUUCUAUAUAUUCUUGCACACAAUUAGAAUAAAAAUUUGUUUGUAAUUAUAACGUACGAUGAUUAAUCGCAAUUAGAGACAUCACCAAUAAGGGACCAUGCGGACAAACCUUCAUAAGAAAGAUUCUCACCGCGUUAUUUGUUAUUUAUAGGAUUUUAAUCUGGUUUGAUCUGGUUUACAUGUUCCAUUGUAUGUCUGUAUUAUUAAAAUUUUUUUUUUGUAAGCAACGAGAAAGAGUUCCUUCAUUGUGAGUGCGCGAGAGCCGCGAAUGAAUUCUAAUCCCGCGAGCGCAGCAAUAUAUUAUCGAAAAAAUGAAACAAAUGUCAGUCCGUGACAUUUUGUAAGUCCGAGUCUGUGACUCUCAGAUCCACGGUCUCUAACUUUAAUCCGUAACUCGCGGUCGUAAAAAUCGACUUUGGGUCUCGCGAAAUAGGGGGUGCAACGCACCCCCCACCCUACUCGACCGGACCAGCCGUCUUCCGCUGGGGCACGCACCAAGUUCUAGAUCUGCGGGCCUGAGGGUCACACAUUGUCUGCGCCAACAUCAUUGUACCACCAACACCAACACUACCACCACCAAGUAGUAAGUUCCGAAUUACCAUUUAUUAUUUUAUUUUUUUUUGUUUUCUGAUCACCUUUUCUCUCUCUUGCAAACGACUUUAUUAUAAACAUACUAUAUAUAUACUUUAUAAAUUCAUUUUUCUUCCCUUCUCAAUUCUCUUUCUCUCCCUCCCUCUCUCACUCUCUCUCUCUCUCCCCUUCUUUUUUUCUGGAUUCACUCAAACUCUGUUCGAGUUAAUCCUAAUGAAUCUUUAAUUUUGAUCCUUUCUCUGGAUUUACUCGAAUUCUGUUUGAGUUAAUUCGAAAGAACCUUUAAUUUCAAUCCUUACUGUGGAUUCACUUUGUUCGUGUUAAUCCAAAAGAAUCUUUAAUUUCACCCUUUUUUCUGGAUUCACUCAAAUUCUGUUCGUGUUAAUCCGAAAGAACCUUUAAUUUUAAUACUUUCUGUGGAUUCACUCAAACUCUAUUCGUGUUAAUCCGAAAGAAUCUUUUUCACCCCUCUCUUCUGUUAACUAAAAAUCGAAUACUAACAAAUAAUCACGGAAUUUAAUAUCUUGUCUCUUCCCGAUAUAUCGAAUUAAUUAUAAUCUGGACAAUCGCCCUUGAACAUGCCUCAUAAUUAUACAUACACAUACUUAUAUACAUUUUGUAACAAUUGUUUAAUAUAUAAAUUAUAAUUAUUUGAGUAAUAUUGUAAUAAUCGAAUAAUAUUAUUUAGUAAUAGAGAGAGAUAUUUUGACCGUUGCUGUAUUAAUACUAAUUGAACAAGAAUGUCUUCUACGGUCGCAGUUAGGUCUUCGUGCUGGUAUUGUCUGUGUAAUUUUAUAUAUUUUAUACUUAAAUGGCAAUAAGUUAUCAAACAAAACGGUGCAUAUUUGACCUAAAUUGGAUCAUUCUAACUAUGCUAAAUAAAGCCUUUAAUUUAAUGCAAAAAUAAUGGAUUUCUUUUUACUACAUCUAAUAUUUAGUACUGUUACCUUAGUAUAGUUGUAUUUUAUAGUCUCUUCUAUUGUGUCCUGUUUAUAUAGCAAAAUUUGAAUUUUCUUCAGCCAAAAAUACUUUUAAUUUUGUAAAUAUGUAUAAGGUAAACUUUUAUAU